AUCAGGAAACUGCACCAGCUGGCUUUUGCAGCUAAUUGAAUUCAGGAGGUAAGAAGCCAGAGGAUAGUUUUUCUGCCUGAACAGAUGAGUGAGGAGAUCAUUAAGGAAGGCAUCCUGCUGAAGAUGUCUCAGCAGAAGAAGAAAAUCUCGCCCAAAAACUAUAAAGAGCGGCUCUUCAUUCUGACCAGUCAGGCUCUAAGUUACUACGAACACGAAAAAGGGAAGAAGAAGGCCAAGAAAGGGGUGGUCUUAGCAGAGAGAAUUUCCUGUGUGGAGAUUGUUGAGCCAGAAGAGAAUGCACCUGUUCAAAGAGAGUUUCCCUUUCAGAUUGCAUACGAUGAUUGCAUCCUCUACCUGUUUGCAAAUGAUGAACCAAGUCGGAAAGACUGGUUAGAGGCCCUGAUGCAUGUAAUAAAGGGUAACGCCAAGCUCUCUGCAAAGUACCACAAAGGAUUUUGGGUAGAUGGAAAAUUCUUGUGCUGUGGACAGACUAUGAAGAAUGCUCCAGGGUGCAUACAGUGGCACAAAAAUUCUACAGAUGAAUUCAGAUCAUCUGUUCGCAGAUUUGGAUUACCUCCUGUGCCAUCUUCAAUGCGCAGGGAGAGCAUCCUUUUGCCCCCUAUCCCAGAGAAUGAAGGCAGUAGUCCCUCAGAGGUCAUGGCUCUGUAUGAUUACUCUGCUGAGAGACCUGAAGAGCUGAGUCUGGUGAAGGGGAACAUAUACAUCUCUGUGGAAAAGCCCUCGGAUGACUGGUGGAUAGUCAGAGAUACAGAUGGUUCUGAAGGAUGUGUCCCUUCUAAUUACAUAAAGCAGGUAGCAAUCAAAGACAACUACAGCAUGAAGAGUGAAAUAUGUAGAAAGACGCAAAAGGAGAGACCCAGCAGCACUAAAACACAAAUCUCAAGUGAAUCAGCUUCAAACGCCUCACGAGAGAAAAGCAACAUAGAAGACUAUCCUUGGUAUGUGAGAAAUCUGUCUCGAAUAAAGACUGAGCAACUCCUACGUGAGAAGGGCAAAGCGGGCUCAUUUGUGGUCAGAGAUUCUAGUCAAAAAGGAUCGUACACAGUAUCACUAUUAAGUCGAGCGCUUGAUGAGGUAAAUGGGACUGUAAGGCAUUACCUCAUCAACGUGAAUGCCGAUGGCAAAUAUUACCUGGCCGAGAACCAUCUAUUUGACUCCAUCCCCCAAAUGAUAGAGUACCACCAACAUAAUGCAGCAGGCCUGUUGACCAGACUGCGUCACCCAGCCACAGGAUCCGAUUUCACAUCUCCAUCAGCACACGGUGAGUGGGAGCUGUCUCGUAGUGACGUGAAACUGGUGAAAGAGCUGGGCAGUGGGCAGUUUGGAGUGGUCCAGCUAGGUGUGUGGAAAGGCCAGCAUGAAGUGGCCAUUAAAAUGGUGAAAGAGGGCUGCAUGUCAUCUGAUGACUUCAUAGAGGAAGCCCAGAUCAUGAUGAAACUGAGGCAUCCUAAGCUAGUGAGACUCCAUGGUGUAUGUACCGAGCGUUUUCCCAUCUACAUCGUGACAGAGUUCAUGAGUAACGGCUGUCUACUGGAUUACCUGAAGAGCCAUGGGAAAGAACUGCAGCCCCCACAGCUCCUUAACAUGUGCCUGGAUGUGUGUGAGGCAAUGGCCUACCUUGAGGAUCAGCAGUUCAUUCACCGAGAUCUAGCUGCAAGAAACUGUUUGGUGGAUAAGGAUCUUACUGUCAAAGUGUCUGACUUUGGAAUGGCUAGAUACGUAUUGGAUGAUCAAUACACCAGUUCUGUAGGCACCAAGUUUCCAGUGAAAUGGUCAGCCCCUGAGGUUUUGAACUACACCAAGUUUAGCAGCAAGUCAGACGUGUGGGCUUUUGGCGUGCUGAUGUGGGAGGUGUACAGUCUGGGCAAGCAGCCCUAUGAGCACUACGAUAACGCCCGUGUAGCAGAGAGAGUGUUGCAGGGCCAUCGCCUCUACAGACCACAGCUGGCCACAGAUCAGAUAUACCAAGUUAUGAAAGCAUGCUGGCACGAGGUACUUCCGGAAGAGAGGCCCAAUUUUCAUCUACUUUUCAGUGAUCUUAGUGCAUUCGAAGAGGACAAGUAACAUCAAUCCGCAGUCAUCACACUACAUACACUUCAUUUAUAUAUUUACAAUUAACUAGAAAGAAAUAAUCAAGAAACCAAGCACACUACCCCCCCCUCCACAUUAGUAACUCCUACUUCUCUUAAACCUGUAUGAUGUCUCUGCUCUGUCAUUGCUACAAUUCAGUAAAAAAACUGUUCAUGUCCAUGCUGUGCACAGUAAAGCCUGAAUAGACUGUUGAUGUGCUUUGGUACAUUAAAAUAAGUACAAAAUCAGAAAAAAGAAAGAUCUAGAAGCAGAUACAGUUCAUUUCUAAAGCCCAUGUUUAGAGUUUCACCUGAGAGUGUGAGCAGUUUCACAUGAGCUUGUGGUUUUUGUCUCUUUGAUUUCAUUCUCCUUUCUGUGUGGGCUGUUUUUGGCAACCUUUACCCUACUCUUUAAAAGGUAUUCAAGUAAAACUAAUUAGGUUAUUCACUGUUUCUUUUUGUAUGCUUUCUUCUCCACCAUGUAAAGCCCACUAGUGUUUCAGGUUGUCUCUGAAACCGUGCAGCUCAUACCUGUACUGCAAAACAUGAGCAGUGGUGUUUCCCUCAGUUUUGCUUGUAAAUAAACUCAGCACAGCGGCCCUGUUGCAGGUGUUGUAGUAAUUACAGGAAGGAAUAAAAAGGUGAAUUACUUGUAAAACAGUUCAAUAAAUCAUAUAUAUCACACCAGA